AAGAAAUUCACACGAACCAAUCCGAUGGCAGGUUGCCUUUUAAAACCGGGAAAACUUGAAGUCAAAACAUACACUUUUGUAAUUUGACAAGAAAAAAAAAAAAAAAAAAAAAAAAAAACGUGCUUAAGAAAGAAGUCGCUGCCGCAUAACUAGUGGUUGAGUGUCGAAGGCCAUGGAUGCUAUAGUCUACGUUGAUCAAGAAAAUGGCACACUCGCUGCUCCAUCCAUAAAAGCUCGCCAGAGGCUUCACUCUGCUCCUGAGCAUCUCCUAAAAACUCCACUGAAGACAUGGCUUGGUGCUCCUUCACAGUCAAGCCGCAAAGCUUUGGGAAUAGUUAAUAAGAUUGUAGUCACUCCAGCAGCCACUCAUAAAGUUAAUAUGCCGAAUAUACCCCUUGCAGCCCAGCAAUGUAAAGUGGCUCCUCAGCCUGUUGGUGAGGACUACCCAGAGAUUGAGAAGUGCUUCCCAUAUGACCCGAGUGAUAAUUGCUCUCACUGUGGUUCUUGGGAGUCCCAUGAACUUCAUUAUGUCUGGAAUUUUUCAAUUUUGGUAGUGUUACUGGACUUUGAAAUAUACUGUGUACCUGAGGAAGUCUUCCUCAGCCAGUUUUCAUUGGCUGGUUUGGGAAAACAGGAGUGGCCUCUAAAUGUGCUCGAAGAGGAUUUUAGUAUGAUUCAAUCAUGUUUGCCACUGUCUCCCCUCAAGAUGCCUUCAGCACAUUGUAGAGAUGACCUGGAAGCAUUCCUAGACACAAUCAGUGAGCUGACUGUGGAUUUACCAUCUGAGUGUGACUCAUGAUGCUGAAAUAUUACACUUUCUUUAUACUAAACUUAAUUUUGUAAUAAAGUUUUCUUUUUACAAAUA